AUGACACUGAAAGUGAAGGAGGAAGCCCCUGCUCCUCCCAAAGCUGAAGCCAAAGCAAAGACUUUGAAGGCAAAGAAGGCAGUGCUGAAAGGCGCCCACAGCCACAAAGAAAGAAGAUCCGCUUCUGGGGCCAAAGACACCCCGGCUCUGAAGGUCAUCUGUGCAGAAGACAGAAGGCAACUUGUGUUUGUUGUGGAUGUGAAGGCCAACAAGCCCUGGGUCAGACGGGCUGUGAAGAAGCUCUAUGACAUUGAUGCAGCCAAGGUCAACAUCCAGAUCAGGCCUGAUGGAAAGAAGAAGGCUGCAGUUCAACUGGCUCCCAACUAUGAGCUUUGGAUGUUGCCAACAAAGUUGGGAGCAUCUAAACUGAGUAUAGCUGGCUAA